UCUCCCGUGAAAAAAAAAAGAAAAUAUUGGUGCCCUUCCCCAUGCAAACAAACAACGGCCUCACCACUAAAAAAAGAAUUGCCACUUUGUUGAUAAGCAAAAGUCCCGAACUCUUCAUUAAUUCAUUCAAGGGAGAGCUGAUUCCCUUUAAAAUUCCCUGCAUUUUUUUUUGACUGCAAUAAAUCCUCACAUCACCACCACCACCUGCCACCGCCGCAAGACUAAAAAUGUUGCCAUUUAUUACAAUCGAGGAGGCUACUGCUUUCCUGGGACGAAACCUGACGGUGGCGGAGACAUUGUGGUUCAAUUAUUCGGCUAAAAAAUCGGAUUACUAUCUUUAUUGCCACAAUAUUUUGUUCUUGUUUCUGAUAUUUUCUUUGGUGCCUUUGCCGCUUGUUUUCGUUGAGAUGAUGAGAUAUUUGGGAUUCGAUAAGUACAAGAUUCAGCCCAAAGUUAGACUGUCGUUGUCUGAGAUGUUCAGGUGUUAUAAAGAUGUUAUGCGGAUGUUUAUUCUCGUUGUGGGUCCUUUGCAAUUAGUGUCUUAUCCUUCAAUUAAGAUGAUUGGGAUUCGAACAGGGUUGCCACUGCCAUCGGUGUGGGAGAUCCUUGCACAGUUGACGGUAUAUUUCAUGAUAGAAGAUUAUACCAAUUACUGGAUUCACAGAUUCCUGCAUGGUAAAUGGGGCUAUGAGAAAAUUCACCGGGUUCACCAUGAAUACACUGCUCCAAUUGGGUUUGCUGCACCAUACGCCCAUUGGCUGGAAGUUUUGAUCCUUGGUAUUCCAUCUUUUCUUGGGCCAGCAAUUGUUCCAGGGCAUAUGAUCACAUUUUGGUUGUGGAUAGCUUUACGGCAAAUUGAAGCAAUAGAGACACACAGUGGAUACGACUUUCCUUGGACUCCCACAAGAUUUAUCCCAUUUUAUGGCGGCGCAGAUUACCAUGAUUACCAUCAUUAUGUUGGAGGACAAAGCCAGAGCAACUUUGCUUCAGUGUUUACUUAUUGUGAUUAUAUCUAUGGCACUGACAAGGGCUAUCGCUUCCAUAAGAAGGUUCUAAGGAAGUUGAAAGAGGAAUCUAUAAUUGUUGGUGCUCAGAAUGGAAGCUCAUACUAUGUUCCUAGUCAAGAUCUUAAGUCAGAAUAGCCGUUUGUCAAUAGAGCAAUUCGAGCAGCCUCUUCAGUGUGUCCCCGCUUGUUACAACUCAUGAAAAUCCGAUUUCAAGUUGACCUCGUUGUUAGUAUGAUAUAAAGUAUUUUUCUCAAGUGAUUCAAAUGAAGAUUAAAUUUGCCAUUUUCUAAAUGUUAUUUUGUGGGAGAAAUCAGUUCUCAUUGUUUAGGUUUAAUGUCUGUCCUCUGUUUACAACUCAACUUUUGUUUAAGCUUAGAAACUAUAAAUCAGAAUCUGCAUGUUGAUCUCUACUAAGUAUCUUCCCGCACUUGCUAAUUUCUUGAUAUCGGGGAAGAAACGAAGUAAAUUUGCAUACCAUAUUCCCUAUUCAUAUUUGAUGUCCCGUUUAAAUGAAACUUGGUGUU